AUGUGCUUGAAAUUCACGCCCACAAACUUGCCGCAUUUGAAAGCAGCCCACUUCUCUGACUUUCCGUGUCAAAUCGUUGAUAUUCUUCGUUCUUGUGGUGAUAGGUCUUGGGUGUUUGCAAAUUCCAAACUGGCUCGUAAGGCGGUGGGAAUGGAUGACAUGUGUCGUCGCUACGAGCGGGUCACGUCUGUUCUCCGACAGGCCCUGAAUGCGGUUCUAUCGAAUCCCGAUCGGCCGAGAAACUGCCUUGUGUCUCAGCUUGUCGACAACGAAGAAGGCGAACUUACUCUGGGGAAUGCACAUCAAAUGUUGUUUGAGUUGAUGGCUGCGGGGGUUGACACAGCAGGACUCACUCUAACCUGGUGUUGCUACGCGAUCGCCAGUGGAAAGUUGACGGUUUCACCAGAUGACGUCUUCAACGAAUCCCACCUCGAGGUGGUGCAUCGCCUGGGGAGUACGGUGCCUCUGGCAAUGCCACAUCGAGCCCGCUUCGACAGCCGCGUCUGCGGUUACUACGUGCCCAAGGACAGCGUUGUCAUCUUCAACAUUUUCGGCGUCCACCAGGCUCAACUGAAGGAACAGAUCUGCACCAUCACUGGUUCCGGAUGUUCGCAUAAACAGACGGCGACCUUCCAGCCCAAGAUGUACUUCUGCGAAUCUGCUAUUCCAUUCUCAUUGGGUCCAAGAGCUUGCCCUGGAUUCACGUAUGCAACACGUCUGGUCACAAGGGUGAUGACCCACCUCAUUGCCAAUUUCGAAAUCAAGGAAUGCGACAAGGCGGCUGGCAACGUAGACGGCUACAGAGGUGGCCUAACGAGACCUCCAGCAGAUCAAUGUUUCCGAUUUAUCCCACUUAGGGGGACUGAGGAGUAG